AGCUCCCUCAACCACGUCGCGGAUCGAUUCCCAAAGUUCUCCACAGCCUCGUUACCCUACAAAUACAAACACCCCGCCAAACAAAUGCCCACUCGAAGAUAACACUUUCACUCUAUUCUCCGAUCGAGUUAGAGAUCUGAACUACGAAUUUCUGGAAUCGAAGAUUUGUUUUCGGAUCGAUCGAAAAUGUCGGGACGUGGGAAGGGAGGCAAGGGAUUGGGAAAGGGCGGAGCGAAGCGACACCGUAAGGUCCUACGCGACAACAUCCAAGGCAUCACCAAGCCAGCCAUACGCCGUUUGGCUCGCAGAGGAGGAGUGAAGCGUAUCAGUGGUCUGAUCUACGAGGAGACUCGUGGGGUGCUCAAGAUUUUCCUGGAGAAUGUGAUUCGUGACGCUGUGACCUACACUGAGCACGCUAGGAGGAAGACUGUGACUGCCAUGGAUGUGGUUUAUGCUCUCAAGAGGCAGGGAAGGACACUUUACGGGUUUGGUGGUUAGGUUUUUUGUCUGUCAAAAGUCUUGCUGUCAAGAAAUUAUGUAAUGUGGUUUUGGGUUUGCUGGGGUUUAUAUGAUUCAUCUUGGUAGGGGUUCGUCUCUUUCUCUCUCAACUGUUCCAUUACCAGUUUUUGUAAGAUUUGCUUGUGAAAUGGGGUUUUUGGAAUAGUAAUUCCCUAAUUUGGUCUCCUCUUGCUUUUGUUGUUGCC